GUCACGUGACCAGCCGGGCCGGUGAUGGUGGAGGCUGCGAGGCGGUAGGGAGAAACCUUUAUAUAACGCCAUAAUCACCGGCCCACAGACACCCUAGCAGCACAAUGGCGUUAAUACUACCAAGACAGAUGACCCGGGCGUUGCUGAGGACGAGGGGCAUGUGCCAGGCGGGCGUGGGAGGGUGCCACCUGGACCCAGUGGUGCAGCGCCUGCUCAAGGGACUGCGGGCCGGCCAAAGGUCCAGCCUGGCCGAGGCCAUCACACUGGUUGAGACCUCGCACCCAAAGAAGAAGCUUCAGGCAAAACAGCUGCUCACCAGAGUCCUCCAAGAUGCUAACGACCACUACGCCACCAAGGGCCCACAGACUCUCAGCUUCCGGAUAGGGUUGUCUGGGCCACCUGGUGCAGGGAAGUCAACCUACAUAGAGAGCUUUGGAAAGUUCCUGACGGCCAAGGGUCACAGGGUGGCGGUGCUAGCCGUCGACCCGUCCUCCGUCACCACCGGCGGCUCACUCCUUGGGGACAAGACACGGAUGCCGGAGCUGACCAGGGAUGACAAUGCAUACAUCCGUCCAUCACCUUCCCGCGGCCACCUUGGGGGGGUGACACGGUCCACUAAUGAGGCCAUCGUGCUGUGUGAGGCAGCCGGCUACAACAUCAUCAUCGUGGAGACCAUUGGAGUCGGACAGAGCGAGUUCUCGGUGGUGGACAUGGUGGACCUGUUCACGCUGCUCAUCCCUCCGGGGGGUGGCGACGAGCUGCAGGGGCUGAAGCGCGGGAUCAUGGAGAUGAGUGACCUUAUAGUGGUGAACAAGAGCGACGGGGACCUGAUUCCUGCGUCCCGGCGGAUGCAAUAUGAGUACAUCUCCGCCUUGAAGUUCAUCCGCCCUAAAAGCAAGAACUGGAGGACGCCGGUGAAGCGCAUCUCCUCUUUAACACUCGAGGGCAUCCCGGAGCUGUGGGAGUUGAUGCUGGAGUACAGGAAGACGAUGGAGGAGAGCGGGGAGUUUGUGGGCCGCCGGAAAACCCAGCGGCGGGCCUGGCUCUGGACGCACCUCAAGGAGAGUUUAGUGUCGGUCUUCAUGGACACGCCGGGGAUGAGGGGGCGGAUACGGGAAGCCGAGGUCAGGGCCAUGGAGGGUGUGGUGGCCCCGGGUGAUGCGGCAGAUCAGCUCCUGCGCCUACACAUUGAGCAGCUUCAGAAGACAUCCGAGUCAUAAGAUCAAUUUUAUUUAUUUAUUCUUUUUUAUAUAGCCUGGAAUUAUGCACCAUGUUGAUUUUUUAUUUAUUUUGUCUUACCGUAUUGCGCACAUUUCCCUUAUGCAAGAUUUGAGGGUUUUGAAGCUGGAGUCUUUAUAUGUGUGUGUGUGUGUGUGUGACUGUAUUGAUUGAAGUUUGUACGCACGUGUUUGUGUGUAUGUGUAUGUGUGAUUAUACAGUGAUUGACUUUACCUCAAGAUUUGUUUUAUAUUUAUUUUGUGUAAUUUAUCUUCUAUUCCUUCCUCUGAGUCUUUAUCCAUCCUCUCUGGUGUGGGAGGUGAGACUUAAGAGUGAUUGUGAUGUAAUUAAUAUGCCGAGGACCAGUUAGAUUUGAAGGAAGAAAAUUUGAGAAUGUUGAUAAUGUCUAAUGUAUAUAUUGUUAAUAAAUCUGGUGGAAUGUGUAUA